UACGCCCAGGAGGUGCAGGACGGCCUCAACCGGCAGCUGGAGAGCCUGACCGUGCAGAUGGAGCGGGCGGCCGAGGAGCUGCGCAGCCGCCUGGCCAGCAGCUCCGAGGAGCUGCGCGCCCAGCUGAGCCCGCUGGCACGGGAGCUGCGGGAGGCGGCGAGCGGAGAUGCCGAGAGCCUGCGGCAGCGCCUGGCUCCCCUGGCCCAGCAGCUGGAGCAGCGUGUGGGGCACACGCUGGAGACCUUCCGGCAGCAGGCGGCUCCCUUCGGAGAGACCUUCGGGAAGCAGCUGGUGCAGCGGCUGGAGGAGAUGCGCGGCAAGCUGGACUCGGGCGCUGCCGGCGUGGAGGAUCACCUGGAGCUGCUGGAGAAGGAGGUGCGGGAGAAGGUGGCUGCUUUCCUCAGCACCGUCCCACCCCCAGAGAAUUAAGCCACUCCAGGCAGCCAUCCACACACAUUCCAAGCGCUCCUGGCCGCUUCCAGUGGCAGAAAUAAAUCUUGUGAUGCA